UGUGAAAAUAGAUUCAGGUUUUGCAGCAUUGUGUUUACCUGUUCAGCUUGCACAAGAUGCCACUCCUCAUCCAGGGUCAUUCAUUCGCAGCCUCAGAGUUGACAAGAAGGUGUCCAGCGCAAUCAGGUUCAUUUUUCAUCAUCUGUGGCUUAAGUUUUCCAACAAGCGAUGGCAGAAAAACCCUUGACAGACUGGAACAGCGGUCUUCUUGACUGCUUUGAGGACGCGAGUACUUGUUGCUAUGGUUUCUGGUGCUGCCCUUGCCUUGCCUGCACUGUUUCAGGAGGAUUUGGAGAGAACACUUGUCUCCCAUUAUGUGACAUACUCAGCCCUGCCAUAACAACAGCCUGUGGGAUACCAAUGGCUGUUCCUGCUGCAGUUCUGUCUCUCAGGGCUGCCAUGCGAAACAGAUAUGGUAUCAAGGGUUCUCUCUGUAAGGACAUAGCAGUGUCCUGUUUCUGUGUGUGGUGCUCCUGGUGUCAGAUGCAACGUGAGUUAAAACAUCGCAAAAUAACUCCCACUGUCAUCAAUUUGCAGUCUCAAACCAUUGUCAACAUGCAGCCUCCUCCAAUGAUGAUGGUUUCUGGAAACCCACCCCAAGCUGGUUUUAUGAGCCAACCACAGUUCAUCAUGGCUUCACACUGA